AUUAAAUCACCCGCAUUAAAAGUGCAAGUAGUACCUGUGUUGAUUUAACUGAGAAGUGUGGCCGCCAAUUCUUUGUUCUCAUCUUGUGCAUUUGCAAGUCUACUUUCAUAACUAUCUCUACGGUCUACAUCAUAUCCAAAAUGUCCUUGACACCAGGUUCAAAGUCCAGAUCGGCCACCCCGACCGUCUUCGAGCAACAGCGGGAGGAACUGGUCAGAGAGAUAGCGGUGGGAAUGGAACAAGUGCUUCAGAAUAUCAAUCGGUUGAACCGGAAUUUAGAAAGUAUCAUUUCGGUGGGCAAUGAGUUCAGCUCUGUCGAAGCCCUUUGGUCUCAAUUUGAGAACUUCAUGGGACGGCCGGAGGGUGAAAAGGCCGAGGGCGGUUCUAGGGAGAAAGAGGAACAGCAGGAGGAAGGCGAGAGCGAGCUGCACAAGCAGGAUCUUGCAGACGGCAAGAGUGAGUUGGACGGUUGAGACAUGAGAGAUGAUCCAGGGAUAUGUUCGGUGCAUGGUUUGGUGUAUUGGAGUUCAGUUUUUGGUUCUGCGUAGUUUAUUCUUUUUACCUAGGCCAUAUUUUCUCAAUCUACAAAGAAUUAACGUA